GGGGGAGGGGCAGGUUUCUGGACGUUUCUGCAGCUUUUAUUGUCGACGUCGCGGUGAGAUCAGAGUGAGCGCGUCCGGCAACAAGGGCGGAGGGCGGGAGGGGAGAGAAGGAGAGCCGGCACUCACAGCAGCAGGAAGACAGUUGUGGAAGCAAUGGUGGACUACUACAAUAUUUUGGGAAUCUCUCGCAAUUCCUCUCAAGAAGACAUCAAGAAAGCAUACCGGAAGCUAGCACUGCGCUGGCACCCUGACAAGAACCCAGAUAAUAAAGAAUUUGCAGAGCAGAAGUUUAAGGAGAUUGCGGAGGCUUAUGAAGUGCUAUCAGACAGAAAUAAACGAGAAGUUUAUGACAAGUAUGGAAAAGACGGAUUAACUGGAGCAGGUGGCAGAGGUCCCAGCAUGGGAACAGAGUUUCCAGAUUUUAUCUUCUCGUUCCGUAGCCCUGAUGAAGUAUUUAGGGAGUUCUUUGGUGGCCGGGAUCCUUUUGCAGAGUUGUUUGAUGACUUUGGUCCGUUUUCUGAAUUGGGUGGGAUUGACCGAUCUCGACAGGCACCUGGAUCGCUGUUUUCCUUCUCGUUUCCCACUGGAUCAGAGUUCUCAUCGUUCUCCACCAACAUUGGCGGGGGUGGAAUGGGCAGUUUCCGAUCAGUCUCGACCUCCACGAAGAUCGUCAAUGGCAAACGUGUAACCACCAGAAAGAUUGUGGAGAAUGGCAAAGAGACAGUGGAAAUUGAAGAAGAUGGACAGCUGAAAUCGGUUCGAGUCAACGGUGUGGAAGACCAGAUGGCUCUUGCUCUGGAGCUGAGCAAGCGGGAGCAGCAACAACUUCAGGGCGAGCCGUCGAGAGCAGCGCACCCCCAGCCCAGCUACGGUUUUGAGGAGGAGGACGAGGAAGAUGAGGAUCUCCAGCUGGCGAUGGCCUACAGCCUCUCCGAGAUGGAAGCCCAGGGGCGAGGAGCAGGUGGGAGCAGAGGGAGGGGAAGAGACCGCGCCCGUGUGGUGGCAGAGGAGGGGAGAGUGCCUGGGGGCAGGGGCCCCGUGGGAACAGUGAACAGUGCCGGCCCCAGGGGCACGAGCCGGACCAAGGAAGUCGGGGGUCAUGGGGGCACGGCUGAGGUGCCUCAGUCCUCUGCUGAGGAGGAAGCAGAGAAGAAAAAGAGUCGGUGGAAGUGUCUCAUCAGCUGAGUGUUGGCCGUGGUCCAACUCAUGUUGACUGCCUUCCCCUAACCCUUAACUCCAUCUCUAUCCAACUCCUCACCUGCUCCCCUUCCCCUGCUCAAACUCACAAUGCCAAAGCCUUAUAUUGGGGCUGAGAAAUGGGUAUAUGAAGUGAAUAGGCCUUUGCUGCUUCUCCCUCCCUCCCUCCCUCCCUCCCUCCCUCCCUCUCUCUCUCUCUCUCUCUCUCUCCCUCUCUCUCUCUCCCCCUCCUUCCCUCCCUUUCUCUCCCUCCCUCUCUCGGGGUUUUGUGAAUUUGUAUGGAUUAACACUCCUUGAUUGACUUGCUGCCGGCUAUGUUUUUGACUGGUACACUGGAUUUUCAAAGCAUAAAUACUUUAACGGUGCGGAUGGUGAGCAUCCAGCCUAUCGUGUCCGGGAUGGUGAUUUACACCCCAGGUCACACUCUAAAAGUGGAGCUUGAUCUCAAAACCAACAAUACACCCAAUCCUGACACAGUCACAAGGAAACACAGAAUGAAGCCUGAGGAUUUCACAGGGUCAGGCAGCAUCUAUGGAGGGAAAUGGACAGUCGACGUUCAUCUGGACCUGAUGUAGGACAGGGCGUGAAGGGUCUCAACGCGAAAUGUCGACUGUCCAUUUCCCUCCACAGAUGCUGCCUGACCCGCUGAGUUCCUCCAGCUCCUUUGUGUGUUGCUCCAGAUUUCCAGCAUCUGCCAUCUCUUGUGUCUGCACAGUCACAAGGCGCAGGUUGGCUUAAAAUGGAACAUACUUGUCUUCUGCCUGUCAUGUCCUUGCAUGAAUUCCAAACCCCACCCCUAGUACAGCUCCUCCCCGGCCAACGGAAGUCCAACUUAUGUUCAACAUACACAUGAGCAUUUGGGAGACCAGACACAUUCACAGGAUCGGAACCCAACAGGACGACCUGUGCCUGGGAGAUGAAGAAUACUCAAGGGAACCCAGCCCACUUAGAUAUUUAUUAGUCCUGUGCCCAGAGAGAGAACUCGGGAAUGAUGUAUAGGGGGUGCAGCGUCCCUCACUGGUAGAAUAAAGGGGGUCAUUUGGGGUAAUGCACAGUUUUACUCUGUGUCUGACCCAUACUAUCCUUUCCGUGCAUGGGACGGUGUAGUGGGAGCUUUACUCUGUAUCUAACCCAUACUGUCCUUCCUCCAGGAAUGUGCGCUGGGACAGUGUAGAGGGAGCUUUACUCUGUAUCUAACCCAUACUGUGCCUCCUCCGGGAAUGCCUCAUGGGACAACAUGGAUGAUGUUUUACUUUGACCUGCACAGGGAGGGUUUGACAGCAUCUUUAUCAGCCCCAAAUACCUUCACGUUUUGGAUCACAGGGUGUGAAUGGCCAGGGCUGUGUUUAUUCUCUAUUAAGUUGCUAACUUGCACUGCACCAACCUAGGUGACAAAUUAUCGUGGCAGAAUUUAAACACAAGUUGCACAGCUUAGUGUGUUGCAUUUCGAACCACAGCCUCUCUCGCUCUCUCCCUCUUUCCUCUCUUUAUCAGACGCAGAAUUCCAGGCUUAUUCAGGCUGACUAGCUGCAGUUAUUUUCCAGCAGGUAAAGCUUUCAUUCCUUUACUUGUUAAUGUUUGUUUAAUUCAUCCCUUGUUUAUCGGCACUGCGUGAUUCUUGUGUGUAACCAUGUUACAUGUUUUUUCCUUUGCUUGCUGCUCUUCGAUUUUCUCUCCCGAAACCUUCGCUGCCCAUUUCUAGGAUUGGAAAGCAAGUGUGGAAACUAACCCAACCGAGGCGUAUUUGGGAGACCGUGCUCGCGAUGGCUGUCUGAUCAGUAUUAUAACACUUAUUAAAAUGUCUCUCCAUCUACAUUUUAUACAGGAGCACUUUAACUGGGAAUGUAUAGAAAAGUUCCUUGUAUGUUUGAAAAUGAUUGGACAAUUUAAAGUACACCAUGUGUACACAUUUAUUUACUGUUUUAAUGAAAUAUUCUGUUCUGAACUUUUGUCUUUGAUGCUUUGUGGAGAAGUGUGGCGUGAUGGGUCAAUGUUUGAGUUUUUACAUUACUUG